CUACACUCCUGUCUUCUCCCUCUCUCCCACACUGCAUCUCCAUUCUCGAUCUGCUCCUGCCACCCCCAGGCAGCUAGCUAAGUUAAGCUAAGCUUAUCUCCACAAUGGCAAGCCCCAAGGCAAUGAUCCUCUUCCUCCUGCUCCUAGCAUGCGGCUGCGCCACGGCGCAGCUGUUCCCGCGGCCGCCGUGGAACUUCACGUUCCCGACGGGCCCCGGCGACGCAGCAGCAGGGGGGACGGGCGGGGGCGUCGGCGGGCCGUCGGUGCCGGCGAUGUUCGUGUUCGGAGACUCGCUGACGGACAACGGCAACAACAACGACCUCACUUCGCUGGCCAAGGCCAACUACCUCCCCUACGGCAUCGAUUUCGCCGGCGGGCCUACCGGCCGCUUCUCCAACGGCUACACCAUGGUCGACGCCAUAGCUGAGCUUCUUGGGCUGCCCCUGCUGCCAUCGAACAACGAGGUGUCCAGCGCCGACGGCAACGACGGCGCCCUCCACGGCGUGAACUAUGCGUCGGCCGCCGCCGGGAUCCUCGACAACACGGGGCAGAACUUUGUGGGGCGCAUCCCGUUCAACGAGCAGAUCAAGAACUUCCAGGGGACGCUGGACAAGAUCAAGGGGAGGCUGGGCGCCAGCAAGCUGUCCGGGUCGCUGGGCCGCAGCAUCUUCUACGUGGGGAUGGGCAGCAACGACUACCUGAACAACUACCUGAUGCCCAACUACAACACCCGGAACGAGUACAACGGCGACCAGUACUCCACGCUCCUCGUGCAGCACUACACCAAGCAGCUCACCAGCCUGUACAAUUUGGGCGCCCGGAGGUUCGUGAUCGCGGGGGUGGGGUCGAUGGCAUGCAUCCCGAACAUGCGCGCGAGGAACCCUCGCAACAUGUGCUCCCCGGACGUGGACGACCUCAUCGUGCCCUUCAACAGCAAGGUGAAGGGCAUGGUGAACACGCUCAACGUCAACCUCCCGCGCGCCAGGUUCAUCUACGUCGACACCUUCGAGAUGAUCUCCGAGGUCCUCCGGAACCCCUUGAACUACGGGUUCAGCGUGGUGGACAGGGGUUGCUGCGGGAUCGGGAGGAACCGGGGCGUGAUCACGUGCCUGCCGUUCCUGCGGCCGUGCCCGAACCGGAGCACCUACAUCUUCUGGGACGCCUUCCACCCCACGGAGAGGGUCAACGUGCUCCUCGGCAAGGCCGCUUACUCUGGCGGCACUGACCUCGCCUACCCCAUGAACAUCCAGCAGCUCGCCGCGUGGCAGCCCUAGGGACCGACCGUCGUCGCGCGCACCGGAGUUUCUCUCCAAGGGGAGCUCGAUCAGCUAGCUAGCUACUUCAACGUACGGUGUUGUACUCUGUGUCAGUCUCUCCGUGUAUGUGUGUCCAGCUUGCAUCUGGGCUCUGGAGUAGAGUGUAUGUGCUUGUUUUGUUAAGUUUCAUUUUUGUGUUUUGUUGAGUUUUUUGUCGAUUCGAUGACGAGUGCAUGUAAGGCCGUAAGCCUGUAACGUAUAAAGCGAUCGAUCCAUGUUUGUGUGAGUCGUGAUCGUUCUAAUGAUAAUAUAUAAAUUAUGAGCAUCUUCGAGGCUUU